GUAAGCUACAGUUUAACAGUAAGUUGUUCUUUCCAUCUAGGAUCGAUGCAUCUAAUGACGACAAAUCCUUGGGAAGGCUCGUAAACGAUGACGAGAAUGAUAGUAACUCUAUUGUUAAGAGAAUAAUUGUCGGUGGUCUUCCCCAUCUUUGUUUCUUUGCUACAAGAACAAUCAGCGAAGGUGAAGAAGUAACAUUCACAUAUUUUCAAGGAGAAUAUGACCAGUUUCCUUGGCGGUUAAAGGAAGGAAAAACAGAUGAAAUAAGACCUGUGAAAGGGAAUACAGAAGAAGAAAGACCAGUGAAGGGACAUACCGAAGAAGAAAGACAAGUGGAAGGAAAUACAGUGGAAGAAAGACCAGUGGAAGGAAAUAAAAAAGAAGGAAGACAAGUGGAAGGGAAAAUAGAAGAAGAGAGACCAGUGGAAGGAAACACAGAAGAAGAGAGUCCAGUGGAAGGGAAAAUAGAAGAAGAGAGACCAGUGGAAGGAAACACAGAAGAAGAGAGUCCAGUGGAAGGGAAAAUAGAAGAAGAGAGACCAGUGGCAGGAAACACAGAAGAAGAGAGUCCAGUGGAAGGAAACAUAGAAGAAGAGAGACCAGUGAAUAUGGAUAUCACAAAUGACAGAAGCAGAGAAACUGAGCACGUAGCAGAGAGUGACCCUGAAGAUCUAGAGGAAGGUGUAACCCUUGAGGCUAUUGAUUGCCUAGUUAAGUAUGAGAUACAAAAAUCAGAAAACAACAUACACAAGGAGUUAACAGAAUUCAGAAAACAGUAUAGUAAUAAUGCAAUCGGGGAACUAAGAGCCCACCUCGAUGAAGUAAAGAAGGAGGUUAACAGGAAUGCACAGGGAUGUGACACUGGAUUUAAUGAUUUAACAGCAACUGUCAACUCGAUGGAAACAACCAUUUCACAAAUCGAAACAGAAAGCAAGGGCAGCAAAAGAAAGAUACAGGAAUUGGAAAAAAAAGUGACAGAUAUAGAUCGUAAAUUCAACGAUAUAACUGCUGGGAUACCAAAAAUAAUUGAAGACAUUAUCACCAGCGGUACAUUAGCUUUCAUGCCAACCAACUCAUUCGAUAUUGAUGAGUCAGUGGACGAACCGAUGACUAUCAUGUCCACCCCUGUUUCGAUGUCAACAAACCUGAUCACUGAACAUGCUGAAGAUACAUCACAAAAGAGAGCAGUUGAUGAGGGAGUGAAAAAAACAAAAAAAAAGUUAUUGUUAAGAUGGUCCUGGAAAAAGAGCAAUCCAGCGGGCCUAGAGUUUCUAGAAAGUAGAAUCGAUCUACCUGACUUUUCAAGGGCCCAAGAUUUUAAACUUAAGGUUUAUAAGGAAGGGAUUCAGAGAGGUCUAUGGAUUGAGGCAACCCAUACAUUUGUGAGAGUUUGCACUAAAAUAGACAAUCUUCACAAGCAAACCCUGAAGUGAAUUACAGAUCGUCUACUUAUAAAUUCCUUUCUUUUAUUAUUUGGUUGAUAACAAUAACGUUCUAUUUGAAUUGUAAUAUUUGUAUUGUUCUGCCUUGCUUACGAGUUUAUUGUCAAUUUUGAAAAAUUGUUAUUGUGCAGUUAGAGAGUGGUGACUUUUCAAAUAUUAUGAUUAAAUAUUAAGGAAUU